AUUAUUUAAUUUUAAAUGGUAAAUUUUGGGUGUUGGCCACAUAAAGCGGCUCAUCUGGAUGAAAUGAAAAGGCUGUUAGAGGUAAUGCAGCAACGUGCUACCGAUGUUGAACAUCAGUUCAAAGAAAAGUCAAAUGAGUUGGAAAUGGCCCAGCUUAUCAUACGCCAGUUGUCGGAUAAGGCCAAUGUAAACCAAGGCGGCAAUCGUAUAGAGACCUUGACGCAGACGCAAUUUAUGUACGAGCAACAGAUUAGAGACUUACAAGCUAUGGUGCAACAAUUGACGUAUGCCAAAGAAAGGAAUUUAUGAUGGUCACAAAUAUAUUGGCAAAAACAUAGCAAGUGCAUAUGCCAAGUUGGAAAAAUUGACAAUGCUGGCCAAAAAGAAGAGUAUUUUUGAUGAUCGACCGCAAGAGAUUCAGGAAUUGACUUACAUCAUGGUGUAUGCGUUACAAUCUGAAUUAGCCAACAUGGGCACCGACUUCAAACAGAUACUAGAAGUGCGUAUAGAAAAUCUCAAACAACAAAAAGCGCGUCGGGAUCAAUUCGGGCAGUCACCAAUUGCUGCUUAUUUUCUGGAUCAUAUGAAAUCACAAAAGAACUGAGGUGGCACUUCGAUUUGAUGUCAGCCGGUGAAAAAUACCAGUGGGGUGCCAUGAAACAAAAUGAUACUCAAGCGGAGCCAAUAAAACCGAUAGAAUACCCUUCGAAGUUUCCGAGGCGUUAAGUGCCCCAAACAAAGACUGCGAUGUUGACAUUGUGGAAGAAGCAGCUUCUGUACAAAUAUGGGGACAAUAGCAACGCAUCUCGUUUACUUGAUUGAGAAAACUUCACUCGGUUUCCUCAGGAGCGUGCAGCGUAUAUAAACAGGGUUCAUUUCUUUGAAUUUAUCGGAAAUCGUACACUGAAAAAACAGGCAGGAGCGCUUGCUGAAUCAUGGUGAUUUUCCGGAAAAUGUUAAGCGACUUGGUUUCAAGCUCUACAUUUUUUCUUCGUUGACGCCACCUAAAUACACGACUCAAGGUGCAGAAAGCGAAGGAGAACUUGUGCUAUAGUCAAAUAAAGCGGCUUUCCUAUAUGGUAAAAAAAUGUAGUUAUGUUAUGGUUAUAAAAUAUCCUUUUAUUGUGGUAUUGGACAUACAAAUUUUGGAACCCUAAGGAUAUUUACUUUUGAUUAUGGACACUGUAAGAAAAAUUAAUAGAAUUAAUAAUACAUAAGUAUUUUGAAAUAAUAUCAAGUUUGGUUGACUAAAUACCUAAGAUUUUUGCACACGC